AUGACUGAAUGUGAUCAUUACUUCUCUUCGUUCUAUCUGAGUCGUAAUACGUAUCGCUUAAUUUUCUAUUGUGGUUCUGUCAGAGGAGAUGUGACCGAUGAGAUAGGUGUUGAUGUUCUCGGAGUAUUAAAAGAAAAAAAGAUCGUAUGUGAUCUGCACGAUCUCGUUACAUCUGUUGAUAAGCCCGAAAAGGAAUAUAAUAUGUUCAUACAUGAUCUAACGAAACAUUGUUCCGAAUCUGUCACAACGGAUUUCACUCCAAUUCUAUGUCGAAUGAUUUCGAUUGCACUGGAAAUUGCCUGUACAUUACCGAACACAACGCGUCCAGCGCCAGUCAAAUACACACCUGUCUACACACCCUCACAAAUCUGUUCGAUGCAUAAAAUAGUCUAUACAAAUAAAUGGAUCUGGGAACAAUUAACCAAGAAGCAAAAAGCGCAGAUUGGUUCAUCAUGGGUGCAAUUAUGUCCAAAAUUGACAUCGGGAAAUUCGACACUUCGGUUAACACGAUUCUUCUAUAAAAUUGCACCUCGUAUCAGACAUAUUCAAGAAUCCAAUGCAGCAACACCAAUUAUACGAAUACAAAAUUCUUCGAUAUCAAUUUCAACAAUUGAGGAAACGACAUAUUCAUUAUACGUUAGUCAAACAGUGCGAAAUUCAUCGAUUGCACGAGAAGUACCUAAAACUAUUCCAGUAAGACAAGGUCGACGACGUUCGAUAUUCGGUUCCGACGUCAAACGAUCUCGAUCGAAUACAACAAGAAAGAAUUUUGGAUUAAGAAAACAUUUUCUCGAUCGUUAUGAAGAAAACCUACUCGAUUUCGCUGAUAUUCAACAGAAAACGAUGAUGAAGAAGAGAAAAGCAUUUCAGCAACAAGUAAACCUAAUUCGAAAAGAAAAUGCAGAAAGCAAACUACAAUCGAAUUUGGAUCCGCCAGAUGCUAACAGACGCCGUGAACACCAAUGGAUUGACGGGAAACGUCCGAUGGAAGUGAAAGCCGAGGCUUGGUCGAAAUACGAUGAGAUCAGGUCUGUUAGACACGCAAAUCGAAAAAAGAUUUCACUCCGACACCGAUCGCAUCGUUUACACGAUGAUGACGGCGGUGAUUAUGACGAUUUGACAAAUAAUCUUGUAACAUAUUUCCUUAUCUUUAUCGUAUUGGUUAUUACAAUGUAUUUCAUCUUACAAAAUAAGAAUAAAAUAUUUGCUUUGAUUAUCGAAGGAUGUGGACGAAAUGCAUAUGGACGUCGUCUUGGAUCGACUACGCAUUUAUCACAUCGAUCAUAA